AUGCUGUCCGCCUUGUACGUUCUGGCAGGAGCUGUCCUAGCCUACGGUGCCUUGUCUUGCUUCAAUGGCUUGCGGACUCACAUCGCGGCUGCUAAGCGGUCAGGAUUGCCAUAUGUGGUCGCCCCAAUAUCACCUUUCAGUCACUAUUGGCUAUUGACGUUCUGGAUAUGGACGCCUAUCAUCAAAUGCCUGCCCAAGUCAUGGUGGGAGAGCUGGAUAGACCUCAUGCAACCUGACUGGGCAUAUCGCCUCCUCCGAGAACCCUGGAAACGACUUGGCGAUAGCUUCCUAGUUGUUACACCGGGGAAGAUCAUCAUGUGGACAUCCAGCGCGGAAGCUAUACACCAGAUCACAGCUCGGCGCGAAACCUUUCCCAAGGACACUUCAGCCUAUGAGAUUCUGGCCAUCUUCGGCCGGAACAUGCUCACCACAGAGGGUGCUGAGUGGAAAAUGCACCGAAAGGGGGUGUCGCCCAGCUUCAACGAGCGAAAUGCCGCCUACAUCUUCGGCGAGUCUAUCCAUCAGACACAGGGGAUGAUCACGCACUGGAUGGGGGACGACGCAGAAGAUAAGCAGAGGAACAGCAGUGCCACUAUCGACACCGUCGAGCACGACACUAUGACGCUUGCCCUCAACAUCAUAGCCCACGUCGGUUUCGGAUUGAGGUUCUUCUGGCCAAGCCAGAAGUUGCCCGAUGACUUGAGUGUCCAGAACAAGAAGUAUGCCAGUUUUGAGCCCCCAAAGGGCCACUCUUUGACAUUUGUGGACUCACUGGCUAUGGUUCUCGAGAGGAUCCUCGUGCUCUUACUUCUUCCUCAGUGGCUCCUGAAAAUACUUCCAUUCAAGAAGACAAAGGAGGCGCUGGUUGCUUACACCAACUAUGAUAAGUACAUGCAGGAGUUUCUACAGUACAAGGCUGAGGAAGCUCGCAGGGGCGCCAGUAGUGAUGGUAUGGACAUUAUGGGCCAGCUGGUGCGAGCUCGGUAUGGUGAGAAGGGCACGAACGAAAAGAUGUCAGAUGAGAUGAUCAAGGGCAACGCCUUUAUCAUAAUCGUCGCCGGCCACGAGACGACGGCCAACACCCUGCACUUCACCCUAUCCGAGCUCGCCAACAACCCUGCAGCGCAGCGCGCCCUCCAAGCGGACGUGGACCGCCUCUUUGGGCGCGAGAGCGACCCCUUGACUUGGAACUACGAGAAGAACAUCAACGCCCUGUGCGCCUCAAACGUCGCGGCGUGCAUGAACGAGGCGCUACGGCUCAUCCCGUCGGUCGUGGACAUCCCGAAGCACGUCACCCCGGGCCAUGAUCAGACCAUCACACUCGACGGGGACAAGCACGUACUUCCGCAAAACACAAUGAUCAUACUGAACACGGUCGGCGUGCACCGGAACCCGAGGUACUGGCCGCCCAAGCCGAGCGGGGGCUCAGGAGACGAGACCGACCUGGACGAUUUCCUCCCCGAGCGGUGGUAUCGCCCCUCGCUGACCAAGGCGGCCGAGGCGCAGGACGAUGACGAGACGGAGGACUUUGGCGGCUUCAAGGGGCGAGACACCAGCGAGCAGCUAUACAGGCCAGUGCGAGGCUCGUUCAUCCCCUUCAGCGACGGCGCCCGCAGCUGUCUGGGCCGUCGGAUCGCACAGGUCGAGAUGCUGGCUGCGCUCGCCGUGUUGUUUCAAAGGUACAGCAUCGAGCUUGCGGUUGAUGAGUGGGCUUCGGACGAGGAGGUGGCUGCCAUGACAUCGGAGGAGAAGAAGGAGGUCUACGAGAAGGCGAGGACGAAGUCGAGGGACACAAUCAGGCAGGCGACCUCGGUGUUGACACUGAAGCUGCAUGGAAAGCUCAAGGUGCCCGUCCGGUUGGUGAAGAGAGGAGAGGAGAGGUUUGUCAAUCUGGUGGAUGUCUGA